AGCGGCGUUCUCUCUGUCGUCGCGCGCGCGAGACACCUCAAGCUACGUUCGUUGCACGUAUAACACCUGCCGCACGAUUAGGCACGCACAGUUCGUUCAUCCGUAACCCGUUCCGACCUUUUUUUUUAAAACUUGCGAUUUUUGAGCGGCACCAACCCCCCUCGGGCUUGAAAAUCAAGGGCGACAUCGGCGAUCGGUCCGGCCGCCGUCGGAAUCAUGCAUGAGAAAACAAUUGACGACAACAACAACGAUACUAAUGACAUGCUGAUCCGCGAGUGAAUAUGCGCAUGAGAGAAUGAAGCUCGACGCUCGUCUGAGGCGGAAGAACAUCCUCAGGAUCGCCGGAAGCGGACAAUCUCGUCAUGAUGUUGGUUCCACAAGAUAUUAUGGGCGGCCCUUCGAAGAUGCUGUACCAGAUGAACAAGUAUUACGCCGAGCGGGUGCAGGCUCGCAUGGGUCAGGUACAAAAAACUAUACGGGAGGUGUGCAAGGUCGUGCAGGACGUGCUGAAAGAAGUCGAGGUGCAAGAGCCGCGCUUCAUCUCCUCGCUGACCGAGUGCAACGGCCGCUACGAAGGCCUCGAGGUGAUUUCGCCGGGUGAAUUUGAGGUGGUCCUCUACCUGAAUCAAAUGGGCGUCUUCAACUUCGUCGACGACGGCACCCUGCCGGGCUGCGCCGUGCUGAAGCUCAGCGACGGUCGCAAGAGAUCUAUGUCUCUCUGGGUGGAGUUCAUCACCGCGUCCGGCUACCUGUCCGCCCGUAAGAUACGCUCGAGAUUUCAGACCCUCGUGGCGCAGGCCUGCGACAAGUGCAACUAUAGAGACUCCGUGAAGAUGAUCGCCGAUACUACCGAGGUGAAACUACGUAUACGCGAGCGAUACGUCGUGCAGAUCACGCCGGCGUUCAAGUGUUCCGGCGUGUGGCCGCGAUCCGCCGCGCACUGGCCGAUACCGCACAUCCCUUGGCCGCAUCCCAACUUGGUGGCGGAGGUCAAAACGGAAGGCUUCGAUCUGUUAUCGAAGGAGAGCGUCGCGCUUCAAGGUAAACAAUCGGCGAUGGAAGGCGACGCCUGGGUGCUGUCGUUCACGGAAGCGGAGACCAGACUGCUGCAAGGCGGCUGUCGCCGAAAGUGUCUCAGCAUACUGAAGACCCUGAGGGACCGGCAUCUCGAUCUGCCCGGCAAUCCGGUCACCAGUUAUCACAUGAAAACGCUGCUGUUGCACGAGUGCGAGAAACAUCCUCUCGAAACCGAGUGGGACGAGGGAUGCUUGGCCGAUCGCAUCAACGGAAUUUUCCUGCAGCUGAUAUCCUGUCUACAGUGCCGCAGAUGUCCGCAUUACUUUCUACCAAAUCUCGAUCUCUUCAAGGGAAAAUCGCCCAGCGGUCUCGAGAACGCCGCUAAACAAGUCUGGAGACUCACGAGGGAAUUGCUUACGAACAGCCGCGCACUGGAAAAACUUUAGCAUCUUCCUGUUUCGGAAAAACGUGCGACAAGUCGAAGAGCGAGGAAUCGCACGUUGAUACGUGUAACAGAAUUUUCAGAACGUUGCUGCCGCAUGGUAUUACAUGCUUCUCCGAUACUACACGCGAACGAUAUUGCAGUUAUUGUUAUUACUUAAUACACGCUUGUAUCAAGGGCUUAGAGAUAGUGCAUUGUUACAAAUGAUUCUCGACACGUAAACCAUUUCAAGUGAAAAUCGUUUCUUUUAGUAACAAUCACGAUUCAACGAGCAAUAAUGAUCCUUCGGUAGAUAAAAGAGUUUUUUUAUUUCUAACGUUCAAGUAGUCGCGUGGAAAUCAAAAUGCACGAUUAAUUAGCGAAUAGCGCAAUAAUAUCCGCACAGAUAAAUAUCGAAUAAAAUUUAUCGCGAGUAUUCGAAAGAAAAAUAUUACAGACAGCUGAAUAUUUUAACGUGCCGUGAAAUAUAAUGCAACAUGACAGUUCCGUGUUAGAUUUCGAUAAGUUACAAGGUUUCUCUCGAAGUUAAUAUAUAUCAAUGCCUUACUUAAACAAUUUAUAUUACUGUGAAAUAAAGAUUCCGUCAGCCGAACUCACGAUAUUCCACGCGACUAGUUAAAUGUUAAAUGCAUAUCUCGAUAAUUAAUAUAACGCGUCAUGUCGUAAUACAUAUGGAUUGUGUGCGAUUGGUUUUCUCAAAAUAGAAUAUCUCGUAUAAUUGUUUAGUGUGAUAAUAAUUAUUUCAUCUCAAAUUAUCAAGCGACAAAUACAAGAAUUGCAAUAAGAUAAAAAAAUAAAUUCUGAAGAUCUAAUCUUCUCCGAAUGUUCAAUAAUAUUCUGUAUAAAAUUCUCUUGACGGAAUUUUUAUAUAUCGAAAAUAUAUUUUAACGGAACAGAACCAUUCUAGCAUUCUAAAUCCGCGUUACUUGCCUAUGUAAAAUAUGUAAUACAUUUCAAUUGACGAUUGCUAUAAUUAUAUGUUCAUCUACAGCAUAAUGUGAUUUGUUAUUCUUAUUGAUUUGAUAUUUAUAAUCGGUUACCAGCAAGCUUCCGACGGUGGUUUGACUGCUCAUUGUUAUAUGUAUAUAUAUGUGGUAUACAUAUUUUUUAUAUUAUUUAAAGAAUAUUUAUUUUA